AUGGCUUUGAUAAUUAUUAAAGGAAUAAUAUUCCUCUUUAUAACUGGAUCCGGUAUUAUGGGGAACAGUUUUGUUUUCAUCAAUUAUAUAUACAUUUUCUUUCAGGGCACUGAAAAGAAAUCGGUACAUCUAAUUCUCAUGCACUUAGCUUUUGCAAAUACCAUAGUGCUUUUUUUCAAAGGAAUGCCAAAGAUAAUAGCAACUUUUGGUUUGAUAAGCUUCCUAAACGAUACAGGCUGUAAAAUUGUUAUUUAUCUGGAAAGGGUGGCUCGGGGACUUUCACUCUGCAUGACCAGUUUCCUCACUGUGGUCCAGGCCAUCACCAUCAUCCCCAGCGCCCCCGAGUGGGCAAAGCUGAAGCCAAGGUCCAAAUGGCAUAUCCUUUGCUUCUUUCUCUUCUUCUGGAUAUUCAAUUCCUUGCUAAGCAUGAACUUACUCUAUUACAUCCAAAGCAUCAGCAGCAUGAACAGCUCACAAAAUAGUGACAAUAACAGAUAUUGUUAUUUUAUACCAGAAAGCCAGAAAAUGAAGUGGAUUUUUCUCAUUCUAAUGGGCAUACGAGAUGCCCUGUGUCAGUGUCUAAUGGGCUGGGCAAGUGUCUACAUGGUAUUUCUUCUCCACAAGCACCACAAGCAUGUCCUCUACCUUCAGAACUCCAAGGUUCUCUACCGAACUCCCCCUGAGAUCAGAGCCGCUCAAAGUGUUCUCCUUCUGAUGCUUUGUUUUCUUUUCUUUUAUUGGACAGAUUGUAUUUUUUCUUUAUAUUUUAAUUCCUCUUUUGAUAAUAACUUUAUAGAAUUAAAUAUUCUAGAAAUUCUAAACCUUGGUUAUGCAUCUCUCAGCCCAUUUGUGCUAAUUCACAGACAUGGAUGA